UAAAGAGGAAUAAAAAGUUACAACUGACAAAAAGAUCAAGAUUGAGUGCAUCAUUAUCAUUAUCAGGAGAGCGGCAUGUGUUUGUUUACCUCUGAAAAGACGAAUAUAGUCUGUGCUGCUGUACCUCCUGAGUAACUUUCUAAGUAACAACCAUCUAGAAAGCCCCUCCUCUACAGAAAAGUUCACCUACAUCAAGUCCCCAACAAAGACACACAACACUCCCGCUGGCCUAUACUGAACUGGAACACUCAUGCAGAGAUGCUGUGCUAUUCGUAUCUCAAGUCUGAUGGGCAAACUGCCAAGAUGUGGGUAUCUACCUCUUCCAAAGGAGAGAUGUCUAUUCAGGAUGGUCCCUGUGUUUACUACCAUUCAGCACAGAAAAUAUUGUACCAGGGAUUCUCAAAGAGUGUUUUAUGACCCCAAGCCUGACAUGAGUGAAGAGGAGGUGAAACACAUCAAGCUUGAGCCAGUUCCACCAGUAGUAGAGCCAAUCGCCAAGAGAUUUGCUCUGCUUCUAUCCUUCAAUGGCCAAGGGUAUUAUGGUAUGCAGAGGUGAGAUGUAUUUCAUUGCAUCAUUAAGGAACAUGACAGGUAAAACUAUAGAGGACCAUCUACUGAAGGCCAUGCUUGACACUGGUCUUAUAACACCAAGGGAAUUCAUCAUCCCUAAGAUCUUCAGUUUCCAGCGCUCCUCACGUACUGACAAGGGAGUGUCUGCUGCGAGGCUGCUGGUGUCUUGUGAUCUUAUGUGUGACAAAUUAGAAGCAUCAGAAAUAAAGAGGAAGCUCAACCAGCACCUGAAUGAUGAAAUCCGAGUGAUGGCUGUGUUCAGGACGAUAAAAACCUUCAGCGGCAAGGCUUGGUGUGAUUCCCGCACCUAUUCAUACACUUGCCCUUCCUAUGCCUUUGCUUCAUAUAGGGAGAUUAUCCGGGACAGUUACCGAUUACCAGAAGAUGGGUUGGCAGAGAUCAGAAAACUGUUUGCUGAAUAUAUUGGUAUCCAUAACUUUCACAAUUUUACAUCAGGAAUAAAACCUCACGACCAACGUGCAAGACGUCGUAUCCUAGACAUUGAAUGUAGUGAGCCAUUUGAGCAAAAUAGCCUGGAGUGGAUCACCAUCAGGAUUAAAGGAUUAAGCUUCUUGCUUCACCAGAUACGCAAAAUGGUUGCUGUGGUCAUAGCCAUCAGGCGGGGAAUGGCUUGCGAGAAUUUCAUUCCUCAGGCACUUUCAAGGGACUAUACUUUCUUACCAAUUGCCCCGGGGCUUGGCCUUGUCUUGGAAAACCAACAUUUUGACAACUAUAACAAGAAAUAUGGAUCCAAGGGUACUCAUGAGAUGCUCACCUGGGACUCUGAAGCUAAAGAGAUUGAAGAGUUUCGCCACAAGAAUAUUAUUACUCCUAUAAUGAAUGCAGAAAUGAAAGAAAGAUCGAUGCUUGAAUGGUUAAGAUUAUUUCAUGGUUACUGUACUGAUUUUGACUUCACCAUGGUGAAAGAGUCGGAAUUCGACGCAAAAAACAAGAGGCCUGAAACUAGGAGUGUUGGACUUUUUGUGUCAUUUGCAUUGCUGACAGAACAAAAGGACACAGCUAACUCUAUAGUUGAUGGAACUCACGCUUCUCACCUGGUUGAAGAGUGUUAUGACAGCCACUCAGAAGAUAAUGAGGAAACAUACAAACAUCCCAGUGAUUUGUAAGUAGUGUUACACCUGCAUGUGAUCCAGAAAGCAAAAGAUUUGUAUACUUCUGCUUUUUCGUCAUAAGUUAGGAAGCUGAAAGCUGGUGAGAUGAUGAAGGUCCAUAGGCUUUGUGAUAUUGUGUCACUUUAUGCAAGAGUGAGAGAUUGGUUGAUAUAAUCAAUCAAAAUAAAGAAAAUAAUCAGUGAGAGGAAAACUCACUAUAUAUGUACUUUACAUUAAAGAUGUAUGUAAAUAGA